UAGCUCCAGCUCAAAGCCAGAGCGUCCUUUCAUACCUUCAACCACCUGGCAUUGCACAGAGAGAGCGGGUUCUUGCAGCCACCAGAAGCUUGACAGACCGUCUCUCGAUAAGCAGCAUGCUGGUUUGCCCGCUAGAGACUGUCAUCUAAACCCCCCGCCCGCGAGCCAAUCUUAUAGCUUGUGGAGAUAUACCCGCAACCCUUUGCCCUGAGAUCCACUUCGGUGUUUUCAAGCACCAUCAAAGACAUUUCAUUAGUUAGUGGCCUGCCUUGAUCGAAAACGUCGAGAAAGAGGUAAUGGCACCCACGGGGCUGAUGGAUAGGCUGAAAGACCUAUAUAGCAAAAAUGAAAAACCGGAGCCAGUGCUUUCAAUUUUUGCGGCUGUUCUCCUUUCGGUUAUAUUUACUCUGCUAUACGUUGUCCCUUUCUAUGUGUCUCCCGCAACUAGACCGUCGCCUACUUUGAGCAGGGAUGCACCAUCGGUGAUUAAAGCUCGCGUACGAGCUGUAACGACGUCAUGUUUUCUCUCAAGCCUGGGAGUAUUCUGCUUUUUUAUCUAUAAAGCCAAUUAUCCCCCCACAGAAGCGCUGCGGUUAUUGGGAUGGUGGCCUAUCGGGGCCUUGGAGAUUGUAAAAUGUUUCCUGUUGACGGCGCUCCUUUUCAUGGGUCCUUUAUUCGAGGUUGGUAUUGUUGAGGGAGAGUGGAAGGAUUGGAUUCGUGGCAGCCGUGUAGCAGAAACACUUGGGGGAUGGAUAGGCUGGAGGAACUUUGUUGCGGGGCCGAUCACGGAGGAAGUCAUAUUUCGCUCAAUACUAACUCCCCUCCACCUGCUAACCGAUCUAUCCCCUGCUCGAAUUGUGUUCAUCACCCCGCUCUAUUUUGGAAUCGCGCACGUGCACCACUUCUAUGAGUUCAGACUUACCCACCCUCACACCAGCUUCAUGCCUUCCAUCGCCAGGACUCUUUUCCAGUUUGGAUACACCACUAUAUUUGGCUGGUAUGCCACCUUCCUCUACCUCCGGACCGGCUCUUUGCCAGCAGUGAUCCUUGUCCAUGCAUUUUGCAACUACUGUGGACUGCCCCGCCUUUGGGGUCGCGUGGAAGCGCGGGAGUCUGCUAUUCCAACUGUCACCAGGGGCAAGGAGGAUGUGGACGGCGGACCCGAUUUCAUGACGCACAAAUCGUUGAAUAUCGGAUGGACUGUUGCCUACUACGUCAUCUUGGUUGCUGGGGCUUUCGCCUUCUAUUCUCAGCUCUGGAGACUGACAGAGUCGUCGCAUGAGUUGGCAUCUUUCACACCUAGUGCUUAGUUAGGCUAGUUGAAGCUCGUUUACGGGGAUAUAUAUGCAAGAUAUUUACUGCAAGCAGGGAACCCUGUGAUGAGAUCCGAACUUCUCGUUUACAAGCUUGGUGUGGCACUUCAUUGCGAGAGGAGUAUUUUUAGUAGACUUUAUUAUUGCUCUGUUUUACAUAGUCAUAGGGAGUGUGAAUAUAUGAACAUGUGCUCAAAUUAGUUGUAUAUUACUUGCAAGGGAUUUUCUAUGCGUUAUUCAGUCUCUCUUGCGGGCGGAUCUACAGAGUAUCCCCUUAAGCCAAAUGCCUAGAUAGAUAGGUUCUGACGCUAGCAAUUUUAGGUGAUGUAUUUUUAAUAUUUUUCAGUUCUAGUUUUUAGUUUUUAUUUAGUUAAGUUAUUU